AUGGCGGACUUUAGUGGAGGGAAGGAGAGCGGAUAGACAGCACAUCACCGACGCCUAACAAUCGUGUAUACCACCAUCCCAAUAUAUUCUUAACAAACCGUUGAUAAUAUUAAAAGAGUGCACAAUGCCUCCGAGACACAGGGCUGGUCCUGUGGACUUAACAGAUACAGAUGUUAGCUACCCCCUCCAUCGUCUCUUUGAUGAGUACAAUUUAGAUCAUAUACCAGUGGAUGAGCGCUUGAAUUCAUUCAAGAAGCGUGACCUUGCUCAUAUCAAGCACUACAAAGCUGCUGUCAGAAUCUUUGGAGGACCACUGAGUAGAAAGAGAGUUAUGAUUGCCCCACCUAUGGAAACACCAUUGAAACAUCGACUGGGUGUGUAUCAUGGUCGAAAAUCCCCUCCCCUUUCCCCACCAGUUCUAAAUGCAGAACUUAGAGAACAAGUUCAAGCAGAGCCUAAACCAUCUGAGGAAGAAAUGAUUGCAGAGAAAGAAAUGCAGAAAGAGGAGGAAUAUAAAAACUGGAUGACAGAUCGGCAAACAUUUCGUCAUGAUCUGGAAAAUAUGGGACUAAGUGAACGCUGGCUGAAUCAGAAACCAAACAUGACAGCCCUAGAGAAAAGAGUGCUGGUCAGAAUGAUCAAGGAGAGAACUCCCCAUUAUGAACCCCCACCUGUUGUCCCAGAAACCCCCUCUGAGGCCUCUAUUCAUGAUGUGCCCAAUGUUAAGAUCCCAGCUCCUCUUGGUAUAAGAAUUUUGGAAGAGCACUUGAGGAAAAAUAAAAUUCGACUUCUUGACUUAUUUGUUGCCACUGAUAAAGACAAAGACUGGAAAAUCACAAGAGAUGAGUUCAGAAAGGUCAUCAAAGAGUCUAAGGUUCCUAUGUCCGAGGCUUUGCUGGAGGAUAUGAUUCUCUCCCUUGAUAUGGAUUACGACAACAAUUUAGAUUAUAAAGAAUUAUCAAAAGGCUUGUCAUUUUGGAAACGAGAGAGAAGGGAAAAUCGCAGAAAGCAGAUUUCAAGAGAAUCUACAAUGGAUUCUCUAAAGUCUAGAUCAAGUUCAUCAACGUCAUUACCUGCUGCCAAUGCCAACUCGUCCGAGGAAACAGUAGAUGAAAACCAAGAUGUAGAUGAAAAGAUCAUUCGCAAUUUUUCACCAAGUAGGUCAAACCAUGAUGUCCAUUCAAAACCUUCCAAAACCUCUAAUAGUCCCCCCCAAGGUACAUCCAGGAAAUCUGCAAGAUCCUCAAGCAAGUCUGAGGACAAGCCUGAAAAAACUUCCACUGAUAGGACACAGGGUUCCCCGAAACAAGGGACCAACUCAAAGUUGGAAAAACAAGACUCUGGUUUAGGAGGAGGAGAUAAUGACAGUAAAGGAAAGCAAGUGAAUAUUGAAAUAGAAAUUACAGAUACCUCAAAGGUAGAGCCCAAGAGGAGUAGGAGCACCACUCCCCAGUAUCUGUCACCCCCCGAGCAGGACACAGGGCCAGAACACAUCGUGUUAUCAUCUGAGGAAGCAAUGGUGGACCUGAGGAAAAGAGACAGGGAAGCUCUCAAAACCAACAUGAUGAGAAUGUCAGCUAAAAGGUUAGAGGAGGGGCCAGGCAUCAUUAAGGUGGGGGAUAAGGCUAUAGAUGACCACUGUAUGCAGUCCACACUGGAGGGGGAGAUGGCAGGGAUGGUGGAUAAGUUUAGACAGCUCAAGCUUAGAGAGUUCUAUGAAGUUAACAAGCUGUGUACUCAACAGGGAAUUGCACUCAGUCCAUCUUUACUAGAAAAAGUUCUAUUGUACCCUCCUGAUAUCCCACAUACCUUUAUCAGUAAGCAAGUAAAGACCCCAGGGGCGCCUCUUCUCUCAAGUCACUAUGCUGAUCCUCCAAAGAAGCCCCGGACCCCAAUAGAGGUCAAACACAAAGAUCGGGUAAGACGAUCCCAGAGUGGUCGACUCUUGAUAGACAGCCGACAUCGUUACCCCCAGGGUCGCAGUGUGGCCCCCACAGGCACCAGGGCUAAUCUGUCUACAGGAAAAGCCAUCAUCAGGAGGAAGGUGGACUGCUGGAUGUCCUUUGAGGAGUACGACAGACUCACAAGCCACUUGGCAAUCAGGUACCAGCAAUUACAUGGCUCUUCCGAUUCCAAUGCCUUCUGGCCAGGCCAGCUUCUGGAUAAAAUUAAACUGUGUAUGCCCCCGUACGAUAAACCAGAAAUACCAGACCAGAGCGAAAUUGUGUUCCAGAAGGUCAAGGAAAGAAAACUGACCAACCUUGGGAAAGCCCGGGAUUACUCUGCAUGGCCAGUGAAUGACCAAGGAUACGUACAGUCUGGGAUUUAUGACCCUUUUGCUAGAAAAUUUAUUCAUAAUUAUUGAUGCUAGGAAAUUUAUCGGUAAUUUUUUAGGGGUGUUGUUCUUUGAUACCUUUAAAAACUGGUACACUUAUGUCUGUUACUUGCAAUGUUAAAGUUUUUAUUUGCAUCUUUUUAUGUAUUGAAGUUGUUACUGGAGAAUUUCGUUUGAUAUUUGUUUGAUACUGAGAGAAGUUUAUUUGUUACCUAUAUUAUUUCAAUCACCAAGAGUUUCUUACAGAUCUUCUAUACAUUGAACACUAAAGAGUUCUAAUUCUGAGGUAUUUUUAUGCAGUUUGCUCUUGGAUAUAAAAUAAAAUGAAUAAAAAUAUACAGUAUAAUUCUUAAUUUGUAAUCAAUUCAAGCAUUCUUAAAGUUUCAUUUGGCCUAGGUAAAUUGAUUGAGCACUGCAUGUUUUUCCCCAUUAAAGUAAGCAAUUUCUGUUCAUCAAUACCUUGUUGUCCAGGAACAUUUUUCCUAGGGGUAUAUUGUGGGAAACUAUGUUGAAAAUGAAAUGAUAAACUCAAUAUUUACACCUUGGUAUAAUAAAAUUGUAUAAAUAUUGUCAAAAAACAUUUUUCAUUAGUGUAUAGAUGGUCAUGCAAGAGAUUUAUUAAACUCCAUAGAAGUCUUGUAGGAGCAUGUUUGUUUGGUAAAUUCUAUUGUAUUUUUCGAUUUCAAGUCUUAAUUAUAAUAGAAUGAGCUCUUUCACAGGGGGAAUUGUAUACGAUAUGAUGUAGAUUAUGAUGAAAUAAAUGACAGGAAAUACAACAGUCAAGGGUAGUAGUUCAAAGGAGUCCAUUAUAUUCACUUAACAUGGAGAAUAUAAUUGUUUUUGUGAAAUCAAAACUAGAACACUGAUUGAAAAGUCAUGAUCAUGAUUAAGUCUUAAUGAGAUGUUAAUAUAUAUGAUUCCUUUAACAGGGACCAAGUUUUGUUGAAAUUUUGUAAGCUUGGCAAUAGAUUUAUUGUAGAACUACAGGGCACUACAUUUUUAUACUUUUUACUUUUGCUGGUUGCUGCCAGCUGACCUGAGGCCUUUCUGAUUCAUAUAAAAGUAUUGUUCAUAUAUAACUGUGAUAUUUUUUCUAUGAUCUUUAUUCUUGAGUCUUUGUUUUAUUUCAACUUUGCUGCUGUGUUUUUUUAACUGCUGAAAUAUGAAAAUAAAAACUGUACAAUAUUACAUGUA